CGCUGCAUGUACACGUAGCCUAGUAGGAUGUGUUCGUUGAAGAUGGUGGCGGUGUGUCAGACCCGCUGUCCUGGACAUUUGUAAGAAUUUAAACAUACUUGUACACAUUUCCGACACCGGCUUCGCCUGACUCAAGUCUCUUCAGUGACUUCUACUAGAGUGACUUGGUCCUCGGACCUGUUAGCUCUGCGGCCAUGCAGCCCCCUCCUCGAACUGGACCUCCAGGAGCCUCUGGCCCGCCUCCCUCCGGGCCUAAUAUGUUCCGCAGGACCAGGCCUCACAAGUACACAGCAGCGGCUGCUGCUGCCGCCGCGAUGCCUCCCACUGCUCAACCCAUGACAGACCCCUUCGCUUUUGCUAGAGCUUCUCCACCCGUGGCUGCAGGUGGUCUCCCGACAAUACCUAACAGCAACCCUCCACCAAUGCAAGCCCCGCCUAACUCCAUGUACGCUCAAGCUGGCUCAGGGCUGCCUCCGCAACCACAUACCAUGGAGGAUGUCCCAGCUGCUCCCCUUGGCCCCCCGCCGUCGUCUCUGCCAGGGGUGACCCUGUUCAACCCUCACAGCGCAGCAUCCCCGGGUGUUUUCCACGCACCCAGCCCUGCAGGGUAUGCAUCCUCCUCGCAUAGUGAACCGGGCUAUUUUAAUUCAAGAGAACAGAUGCCAUCAGUGGCCACGGAGCCACCACAUGUGGCCUCAGCCCCUACACCUUUUAACCAAGGACAGCCUCCUCCUCAGCCGGUGCCCUUCCAGCCUGUGCCUCCCACCACCUCCUCUUCCCAGUGGGCCCCCGAUCAUGGAAGUCGUCCUCCAUCAGUUCAGAACUAUUUCCAGCCUACGAGUGACCCUCCACCACAGCCUUUUAAUUUACCUCCGCAGGCCCAAAUGUACCCCUCCCACACCCCGUCACCUCAUCACGGCACCCCCACACCUCCAACACAACCUGGACAUUCCCAGAUCCAGGCUCCUCUUCCUCUUCCUCUCCAGAAUCCUGCAAGGCCCCCUAGUUCUCAGUGGCCUGACCCAAAUCCACCCCAACAUCACAAUUCCCACUUCCAAACUCCGAGCUACUUCAGUCAGACUUCUGCGCCCCAGGACUCGUGGUUCAACCAACCUCCACCGGACUCGGGCUACCACCAAAUGGGGACAGGCCUGGGCCACCCUCAGCCUCGGCCUGAAUCUGCUGGAUCUCAACAUGCGUCCAACACCGGGCCUGGGCCUAGUUCUGCCUCUGCCGCAGUCCCAUACUCUCAGGAGUCUGGUACACUCUCAAUGUUCUUUAAAGACAAUGAUGUGGAAAAUGAAGAAACACUGGCUGGAGAGAGAAAUAAGGCAGUGAACGGUAGUCCUGGAUCCUUUCAGCAUUACAGCAACCCGCAAGCCCACGUUGGCCAUGCAGACGUUUCACUGGAUUACCAAGGACCUCCUCUGCAAGAUCAUUCACACCUACCAUACAUGAAUGACGGCAGCCAUGCAGCACAGGCUAUAGCCCAGAAGCCCCCAGAUUCCCACUACGACCACGUGGAGAAUUUGGAGUGUGUCCCGAACCAGGAGGUAUUACCCCAUGACACCCACGGCAGCCCUGCUGCCGCCGCCGCCACAGCCCACGGAGUUGACCCAUAUGAAACCGGGCCUAACCUGGAGACUCCAGAUUCUAUUCCUAGGCCAAUGAGAUCCGCCAGCGUGUCAUCCAACUAUAGCAAUAUGAGCCACGGAAGCGCGACCGGCACUCGUCGGCAUCAGGGAGUAGUAGGCACCUUUAUUCAGCAGGAAAGUCCACGUCUCACCGACGAAGCCAACCUCUCUGCCGUCGCUGGAGGCUACUUUGAGCAGAUUGACACUUCUCCCGCUGGAGACAUGGGGAGCGCACAGCAGAGCUCCCUGGAGCAGAUGUGGCCUCCCACGCCUAGCCCUCCCAAACCAACCGGUAUCUUUCAGGCCAGCGCCAACAGCUCGUUUGAACCGGUGCGCUCGCAUGGGGUCGGGGUGCGUCCUCCUGAAGUCGAUAGGGCUAAAAUGGUAGCGGAAGGCGGUGCAGAUUCGACACCUGGAAACCUGGAGCAGCCACCGGAUAAUAUGGAAAAUAUUUAUGGACCGGGUCACCCCUUGCCUGCUGUGGCUGGAGGCGGUGUGCCCCAUUUGACACACCCUGUGGUUCUCUCUCACUCUCGACCUUCAUCCCGCGCUUUUGGAGCCAAUCGGCCCUGUGAGAGCCCCGCCACCACUCUGUGGGCUCAGAGCGAUCCCGCAAGCUUGGGCGCUAACAUCCUCCUAGCCCCCGCCGCCCCGACAGUUCUCGCCCCUUUACGUGAGCCCAGCGCCGACGUCAUCCAGCCUCCGGAGGACGGCCCGCUGGACCUGCAGCCCCCUCAGCGAAUGCAGCCGACUUCACAGCAACCAUUAGAGAACCUAGAGAACCCACCAAAGGUGAGUGAGGCAGAGCCAGCUGACUCUCAAGGCAACCUGGGCUAUGCGUCUCUCCUUGUGGCCGACUCGCUUCACCAGCCUGUUUUGAUUGCCCCGCCGGUGUCCAAUUACAGUGUGAUUCCCCCCAGCACCCCCGCUCAAGCUGCCGGUCAAAGUAGCCUUAGAGAAUCUACCCCACUCGUGAGAUCACUCUCACAGGGGCAGGGUGCCAGUAUGUCCCAACCCCCUCCAGUAACCUCUAAUCAGAAUCCACUGUUUGUCCCUGGACCAAUAAGCUUCAGUACUUCAGUGUCUAAUCAGGGUCCGCUCAAUCUGACCCGAGACAACGCUGAAGCGGCAACAUCCGACAUCGCAGCUCCGCCACAGUCUCAGCCGCUCCGCCCUCCUCUCUCCAGGGGUCAAUCAGUGGUUGGAGACAGCCACUCUGCUCUCCAAGUUAAUCCGCCAGCUUCUCUUGUGACUGCUCCUGUCUCUAAUCAUAAUCAGCCAUCAAAUUAUGAACUGCUUGAUUUUUCUAUGCACCAAUCACAAGCCCAAAACCAAGCCUCUGGCCAUCCUUCCUCUCUGCACGAGUCUCCGCAGUCUAGUAACGGAUUUUACCUACAGGUCACCAAAGAUGCUCAGCAGGGGUUAAGAGCAAAAGGUAAUGCCCCUGUCCAGACCCCAGCCCCCUCAUCUACCCCGCAGGUACCACCAACACCCUCCCAACCAGCUGCAAACACCCAGCCACCGCCGCCAGCCGAGCCUCCUAAGAUGUCAGAUUCUCAGGCUGCACUGCAGGAACAAAACGUUGCUCCUCCUCCUGGUUUGAUGAGUGGAGCGCAACUCUCCCACGGCCAGUAUCUGCCUCCAGCACCGGGGUCUACUGCAGGAAGCGCUCCUCCUCCUCCUCCUACUACUGCUGCUGCUGCUGCAUACCCUCCAGGACCUCGAGGACCAGUACCUCCUGGAGCUUCCCAGCAAGCUCCUGCAGAGCCACCACGACCACCCUCCUCUGCAGGCAGCCAGCAAGGUUACGGGCCUCCUCCUCCUCCAGGGCAGAUGUAUGGUGGUUAUUAUGGUAAUUACGGAGAAUACCCUGAUGGCAGAGCACCUUACCCUCCUGGCCAGUACCCACCUCCACCUGGGGAUCCUAGAGCGCAGCAGUAUUACCAAGAUGGUUCAUACAGGAGAGAUCCUUGGUAUGGCAGAUACGAAGGGCAGAACCAAGCUUAUCGUGAUCCAAACUACCAGUACAGAGAGCCUCAGCCAGAGCGACCCAGCUCCAGGACCAGUCAAUACUCUGACAGGCCUUCAUCCAGGCAAGGCUAUCCUGACGAUUACCAGAGAGCGAACCGAAGUGCCUAUAGUGAUUAUUAUGCAGAUUACGCCAAGCACUAUGAUUAUGCAGGAUACUACGGACAGUAUGACCCGCGAUACAGAGGAUACUAUGAUCAGUCCUACUGGGCUAAUUACAAUGACAGCUACAGAGGCAGAGACAACUACUAUAAUCAGAUGUAUCCACCCAGGAAAGAGGGCUACGAGGAUCAGUGGCAGUACUAUCCUGGCUACGACGCCAGUUUCGACGACGAUUACCGCCGCCGCGGGGAUGCGUACGGCGACGACUUCGACCGACGCAGCGUCCACAGCGAGCAGUCGGCGCACAGCGUGCACAGCUCCCACAGCCACCACAGCAGACGGAGCAGCUUCAGCUCGCGGUCUCAGCAGAGCCAGGUAUACAGAAGCCAGCCUGACUUGACGGCAGUCUACGACACCACAGCGUCCACUUUGGCUGUGGACUACUCGUAUGGACAGUACCCAAACCAGACCGAUGUCUCCCAGAACUACAGCCAGUACCACUAUCCCUCUGAGUACACAGCAGACAGUACCUGGAUCACCCCGGAGCAACCUCCACCUCGUCCUGCAACCCCAGAGAAGUUCUCCAUGCCCCACCGUUGUGCCCGCUUUGGCCCUGGUGGUCAUCUGGUUCAGGUUCUGCCCAAUCUACCUUCAGCUGGACAGCCUGCUCUCGUUGAUAUCUACAACUUGGAGACCAUGCUGCAGGACACCCCGGAUCAGACAGAACUACGAGCCUUCCCUGGACCUCUUGUUAAGGAGGAGACCCAUAAGGUGGAUGUGAUAAAGUUCUCCCAGAACAAAGCGCUCGAGUGUUCUCGUGACAACAACCUCUUGGACAGAGACUCUGCCCGUCUGCUCUGGGACUUCAUUAUGCUGCUCUGCAGACAGAACGGGACUGUGGUCGGCACGGACAUCGCUGACCUCUUGCUGAAGGAGCACCGCUCCGUCUGGCUGCCGGGGAAAAGUCCCAACGAAGCCAACUUGAUUGAUUUUAACAACGAACCUCUGGCACGAGCUGAGGAAGAGCCGGGAGCCGGGCCGCUGUCCCUCCUGUCUGACACCUUCAUGACCGUGCCGGAGAACGUGGGCAAGGAAACUGAACGCUUCAGGGAGCUGCUGCUGUUUGGCCGCAAGAAGGAUGCGCUAGAAGCAGCCAUGAAAGGAGGUCUGUGGGGCCACGCCCUGCUGUUAGCCAGUAAAAUGGACAAUAGGACGCAUGCACGUGUCAUGACAAGGUUUGCGAACAGUUUGCCCAUCAAUGACCCUCUGCAGACGGUGUACCAGCUCAUGUCAGGGAGGAUGCCUGCAUCAGCCACUUGCUGCGGAGAGGAGAAGUGGGGCGACUGGCGCCCUCAUCUGGCCAUGGUGCUGUCCAACCUCACGCACACUCUGGACCUGGAUACUCGCACGAUCACCACCAUGGGUGACACUCUCGCUUCCAAGGGGCUGAUUGACGCUGCGCACUUUUGCUACCUGAUGGCCCAAGUUGGUCUGGGAGUUUUCACAAAGAAGAGCACCAAGAUGGUUCUGCUCGGCUCCAACCAUAGUUUGCCCUUCUACCAAUUUGCGACCAAUGAAGCAAUCCAGAGGACCGAGGCCUACGAGUAUGCUCAGUCUCUGGGCUCCCAGCCGUGCUCUCUACCAAAUUUCCAGGUCUUCAAGUUGAUCUAUGCAUGCCGCUUGGCUGAAGCAGGCCUCAGUGCUCAAGCCUUCCACUACUGUGAAGUUAUCUCUAGGACUGUCCUCAUGCAGCCCGCCUACUACUCUCCUGUUUUCAUAAGCCAAAUCAUCCAGAUGUCUGAAAAGCUGCGAUUCUUUGAUCCACAACUGAAAGAGAAGCCGGAGCAGGAGUUGUUCGACGAGCCCGAAUGGCUGCUUCACCUCAGACAGCUGGAUGGACAGAUCAGGACGGGCAUCAUUACGUACAACGAAAACAGAGCAACUCCCACACAGUACGACUGCAGCAGCCCCAGCUCUGACUUGGACCAUCCCAGUCCACCUGAACCUUACAACAUGCCUGUGGAGUUGGACGGCCCCACGCCCGACAACCCACUAAUGAGCUCGUUACUGCCCGGGCCUCCACCACAGGGAGUACAGCUGAUGCCUCCAGCUCCCACCUCCAUCCUCCAAGAUGGCAUGGCCCAUCAUCAGCCUCUACCCUCCAACGAUGUGCCCCAGUUCUACCCAGUACCCCCAAGUGGACAACCAGGCCAGAUCCCCCUCUCAGGCUACCCUCCGCAGGAUCCUGGCUUCGCCCCUCCUCCGUUCCAGCCUCAACCCGAGCAGUCAGAAAUGUAUCCAGGAGCCAAUCAGCAGCAGCAGUGUCCUCCGCCUCACCAAGUGGACCAAAUGUCACCACACAUGCCCCCUCAGGUGCCGCAUUCACCUGUACAGAUGAAUCCCCCGCCACCCCAGAUGCAGCAACAGCAGCAGCAGCACCACCACCACCACAUGCCUCCUUCUCCUGGGCAUAUGCCACAUGUAGAGCAGCAACCCCACACCCCAACAGAGAUGCACAUUGGUCAACCGAUAUCAUCCUCCCCACCCAGAAGAUCCUUCACACCUGCGCAGAUGGACUUCUAUGACAAAAUGGCUUACAUGGGUCCUGGGAGGAGAUCGAGGACUACUUCACAAUCUUCAAUGCAUAUGCCUUCAGGACGUCGCUCUCGCACCACCUCUGAAUCUUCCACUCACUCCGGCGGAAGAGAGCGGAGCAACUCGGCCAUCAAGCAGGUGUCUCCACCUCCGCCGUCGAUUCCUGAACAGCCACGCAAAGAAGAGGCUAAGAAAGUCAAGAAAGACUCCCCGAAAAAGGGUGGUGGUGGUGGUGGUGGCUGGCUAAACUGGCUCUAUAGGAGGGGACAGAAUGAGGCUCACUUGCCAGAUGACAAAAACAAAUCAAUCGUGUGGGAUGAACAGAAGCAGAAGUGGGUCGACUUGAACGAGCCAGAAGAGGAGAGUAAGCCCCCUCCACCGCCUCCCUCUGGCUUCCCCAUGAUGCCUCAGAUGCCUGGCCCUGGAGGGCCCGCUGCACCCCCAAGUAGUAGUGGUGGUCCUCCUGUCAACAUGUUCUCCAGGAAAGCAGGCACGAGGAGCAGAUACGUGGAUGUUCUGAACCCCAGUAGAACUGCUAAACUGGGCGGAUUAGCUCCCGCUCCUGCUGACAUCUUUGCUCCUUUGGCACCAAUGCCCAUGCCCGCAAACCUAUUUGUGCCUAGUUCAGCGCCUGACGAUCAACAACCUCUAGAGGGCAGUGAAGGAGGGAAUCUGGAACAGAAUUCACCAAACACCAGCACUGCUCCACAGAUGUUCAACCCAACGUUGUUACCACCUGCACCAGAGGGACCUCCCGUGCCUGACGGCUCACAGUCCGGAGAGCUCUCACGUUCUAGCUCAAUGAGUUCUUUAUCACGCGAAGUGAGUCAGCAUUUAAACCAGAGUCAUCCCGCCCAGGGAGCUGCACCUGCUGGGGGCGUCACCUUUUAUAACCCUGCACAGUUUGCACAGACAAGUGCACCAUCAGGAGGGGGGCACCGCGUCGGGCGUUUGGGCGGUCAGCGCCAGUACCCAGUGUUGAAGUAAACCAUCUUGCAGAGGGAUUGUUUGAACAGACUUGUUGGAUGGAGUGAUUAUCCUACCUGGAAGUAGAUGAAGCACAUGGACAUACUGCUCUCUGUCUAAAGGAACCCUUCUGUUUUUUUUGCCUGCACCUAAGAAGAGCGUAAUCACAGUCUCCAUGAUGGCAAACAGCUUAACCACUCUUCUCGUCUUUUUCUUUUGGUUCAUUAACUUCUCUCACUGCUGUUAUUUUUGAACAGGCACGAUGUUUUUCCUCGAAGGGCUUUUCCCUCCUCGCAUCCAAACAGAAAACAAGACAGUUGGGUUUUUAAAAGGUUUAUCCAUCGAUGCAUUCAUACACAGACUUGUAUGUUCAUGAAGUCAUAAUUUAGUAUACAAUAAAUGUUACGCCUCCUCCUCCUGAGUUGUCCCCUCACAUGUAAUACUGUUAACAGAAUGAUCAUGCCAGGUCUUUUUAGGCUUCCCUUUGUGUGUGUAAAGUCCAAAUGUCCAUGUUUGUUUGAUUGAUUGAUUGUAUGUGUGAUGGGUAGAAAGAAAGUGGCACCUUUUUAAUUUCAUAUUGUUGAACUGCAUGUGCGUAUGCAGCUCUUCACUGUCAACUGGAGAUAGCAAUUUGUUGUGAGGAUGAAUCGUGUCGAUAGUGCAUCGUCUGCUGUGUCGUUUUGCUUUUUUUCCCCCUCGGUCGCCCUCCAGUAAAGGAAGGAUGUUGGAGUGACGCAGGAGAGGGACUGGCCUCACAAACCUGAGAGUUUUGGAGAAAGUCUGCAUUCUUAGGACGCUGCUCGAUUUCAGAUAUUUAUUUCAGUGUCCUCCCUGUCCAUCAGCAACUCUUUGACUUUUUAAAGAUGCGUCAGGGUGUUUUUUCGUCCAAGUUAGGCUUCAGUUUCUCUUCUGAGGAAUUCGACUCUCACUGAAAACGAGGGGUGAUGUCCGGGAAAACAGCAGGAAUUGGGAUUGAAAACUGCAUUUUAAAUGUCGCUAAAAAUAAAUCUAUCCAAAUAUUUGUAUAUCAGAUUGAUUGUAUUUAUGAGCUGUGUAGGCAUAAAGAUGUGUGUGUGCGUGUGUGUGUGUGUGGAGAACAACUAAUUUUUUUUUUCUUUCUGAUUAGCUUUGAAGAAAUGCAUUUAUGAUUCAAUAGAGAUGACAUGGAUUCAUAUUCUUAUCAUUUGUAUUGGCCCGCUUCUGCAGACAAAUAAAACUUAAAAUCUAAAUUGUGAAAUGAGAGCUAACUGUAUCCUAAAAUCCCCUGUCUUUAAUUUACUGAUAUGAUUUUUUAUUCAAUCAUUUGUAAACCCAAAUGUGAUUAUUAUUUUUUUUUUGUAGACUCCAGAUUCUGAUCCCAAAACAAAGAUUUUGUUUCAGAGAAGCGACUGUUUUCCCCUGCAAAUGUUUCAGAAUCCCUCAUGUGAAAUUCAUAAAACAGUGAAUACACUAGGUGAAAAAUGGUAAUAAAGUUAUUUUUUGCGCUCUGUAGCACUUUUAAAA